UAAUUUCAUAAAAGAUAUAUUAUAGAAAAGCGGUGAAAAUAAAUAAAUUUGUCGGUAAAAUAUAAAUUAAUUUGUAUUUUUCAAAUUUGCAAAACUAGUUUUCUAUAAUAAUUUGCAAGAACUUAACGCUUAAUAAUAAUAAAAAAGCCCUCGCAAAACUUCAGUAAUUGUGUGUAUUUUUUUUCAUUCGGUGUUUUUUUUUCGCUUAGUGGUGUCAAAUAAGCAAAAUGGUGGGUAAAAUACAUAAGAAGAAAAUAUCCGAAUAUACGGAAGCUGCUGAAAAUGAAGAUAAACAAAGUGAACGAGGCGACGAGGCUGAGGAUGAAAUGAUUUUGGAUCAUGUUGACCCAGCGCCCAGCGGUAGCGAUUCGGAAAAUGGUGACAUCGCCAAUAACGACAACAACAAAACUUUUGACUCUUUAAACGCAAAUGAUGAUGAUGAUGUCGGCGCCGAUGACGCAGUAGGAACCGGCCUCAAUGAUGAUGAUACCGAUUUUCAUCUCUCCGAUGGUGGCGAUGAUGGUAUCGAUGAAGAUAAAGUUAAAAAAGCUAAAAAACGUAAGGCAAUUGGAUCCAAGAAGUCGGGUGACAAUGAAAGUGAUGACGAGCCAUUAAAUGGCACCCCAAAGAAGAAGGGCCGUAAACUAGCUACUGGCAAAGCUAAAGGCGCUAAAGGAAAAGCUAAAGCAAAGAAACCCGUUAGUGAUGACGAGGACGAUGGCGAUGUUGAAGAGGAAUAUGAAGUCAAGGAUAUUGUGGGUCACAAAACGGAACGUGGCGUUUCCUACUUUUUAAUUAGAUGGAAGGGCUAUACAAAGGAUGACGAUACUUGGGAAGCUGAGGAUACACUCAGUUGUCCCGAUAUCAUUGAAAAAUACAAGAAGAAGCAAAAAUCUUCACCGAAGAAAGAUUCAUCGCCGGCCAAAAAGAAGGGUGGCAAAGCAGCUGGUGGUGGUCGUGGCAGUAAAAAAAAUAAAGAUGAUGAAGAAGAACAAGAAUGGGAAGUUGAGAAAAUCAUCGAUUAUGCCGAAGAAAAGAAAGGACGCGUUUUCCGCAUACGCUGGAAAGGUUUCGGACCCAAAAAUGACACCUGGGAACCUGAGGAGAAUCUUAACUGUGGCGAUAUAAUACAGAAAUUCUUAGCAAAAAUGAAGCUUCAAGAGAAUGUCUCAUUUAAAGAGUUGCGUGAAGAGCCAAAGAAAACCAAACGUUUGGUUAACGAGACAGCACCGCGCACCAACAUCAACAAUCCGAUUGGCCGCAAGUCAAAGAGAUCGGUUACAAAGAAAAGUGAUAAUGAAUUUGUACUUCCUGAGGAUUCCGGUUUCGAUACUCAAGAUGAUUCUGUUCUCGUAUCAAGUCGUGGCCGUCAUUCUGUUCAACCAACUAACUUAGCGGCUGUUGAUGAGUCAUUUUUGAAAAUGAUGUUAAGUCUAAUGAAGGAUGUGCCAUCGAGUGCUAAGAAUAAAUUUCAAGCCGAUAUGUUUGCCUCCAUUUAUAGGAUUCGUGGGCAAUAUUUACUGGAUUAAAUAUAGUAACUCAAAAGGAAUGUGUUUAGUUUCUCUAAUUUUUAAUUGCAUUCUAUAUAAAUAUAUUUUUAAGUACACAGUUUAUUAACCCUCCAAUGUAUUUUUUUAAAUUAAAUUUAACUUAGAUAACUGAUUUGCUAUAUUUUAAGUUUAAAUAACUUAUCAUCACAAAAAUUGUUAUUAUUUUUUUUUUAAAUUUCAACCGAAAAAAAGACAAACUAUUUUAGUCAAUCAUGCAUAAUAAAUCUACACACAGUCUGAAAAGUGUUUAAAUGCCAGUGAAUUAAUUGAAGUUUUAAGAUAAUGAAAAUCAUAAAAUCUAUCCAUCGAUUACAAUUUUAAUGUUUCGGUUUAGGUCGGACUCUAAUGAUUUUCAUUAUCUUAAAAAAAAUAAAUUAAUUCUCUGGUGUUUACUCACUUUUUGAGGCUGUGUAUAUAUUCUACAGUUAAUGCCGGCAAUUCUUAUACCAGGCAGCUAGUAAAAAUUAGUAAAGUUUUUUUUUUUUAAAUAUUAACUUUUAUAUGUAAAAUAAUCUUGGAGAAAAAUGCAAAUGAAAUAAUUUGCUGUUUUCUAAUUUCAAUUGAAAAUUAUUUUUUGUUUUAAAAAUGUAAUUUUCUUUACUUAUUGUACUUCUCUCUAUUUUAGAGGGUUAAAAAACUGUAACAAAAAACUUACAAAAAAAAAAAUGUAUUAAAAAAAUCACAGUAAAAUUAAAUUGAAAUAACAAUAACUUAAGUAAAUAUUACCACAAAAAAAGGCUAUUCGAAAAACACUAAAAUUAUGUAUGUAUAUCAAUCAAUCCGAACAAUGAACAACUUCACAUUGUUAAAGAUCCACGCGUUAUAAUUUUUAAGUGCAAAUCGAAUCGAAUGAAUGAAUAUUUUAUCUAUAGAGUUUCAAUUCAAAUAAACAGAAAAUAAUCAUAAUUUUUAUGGAAAAUAAAA